UUUGAUAGAACAGCAACAAUACAUAAUUCAGUUGCGGUACCAACAAGUGCAGUGUAAUUAAUAAUUAUUAUUUUGCGGUUAGAAUUAACAUUCGUAAAACGUAGACGCGAUGAAAAAUUCACCUUCGAUUCCUUUUUUUGUCAUAAUGUUUCUAAUUAGAAGCAUUACUGGCAGUGUGCGCGAUGGAUUUUUGCAACCCUAUUCUUCUUUUAAGGAAGACGGAGUGCUUAACGUAUCCAUUAGUACGGUCAGUCGUUCUAAAUCGAUAAUUGAAGAAAAUGUAUGUUUUGCGAAUUCCUCAUGUUUAGAAGGAACCGGCUACUCCCAGGUUUUAAAACAACUCACCAAGUAUGCCUACUCUCCCGUUCGUUUCAACCUGGACAUUCCUGGAGUGAAUACCAAGUGCAAGGUUCAAAGUCUCCAAUAUCAACGCGCCCUUGAUCUCUUUGAGAUGUGGGCACUUAAGAUGUACGAUUCAAAUGCGAAAAUUCCGUCUGGUAUUUUGAACGGAAAUAUCAACCAGUUGGGAGAUUUUGAUCUCUGCUUGUCAGUCGACGAGAAAAAACUGCAAUUGAAGGGACAAUACUGCCUUGCGUCGUUGCAAAUUAAAACGCCCUUAAAUGGACAACUGAGCGCUAUACACAAAUUGGUCCACUCGCACUACAUGCUCAAAAGCAACCUGGAUGACCCCGGUCAUCGUGUACCUCGAUUUUCGAGCAUUAACUGGGCGAUAUGCGUGCCAAAUUUGUGCGAGCCUGGAGACGUUCACUUGGCGGUACAAAAAGCGGUCGAUGCAAUCUUCAAUGGAACCAAUCUGGACGUUGAGGUCAUGGUCGAUCCUAUUAUGUGCCAAACUGCACAAAGUGAGGAACUGUCGUGGUUAACGUAUCUGGUAGGAACAUUAUUUUUAGCAGUGAUUCUAUUGUCAUUUAUUGCGACCGUUUAUGACUGCUACUCAGUUGAAAAAACAAAGCUCUAUGUGGCGUUUUCGUUAAAGAAGAAUUUAUCGGCCCUAUUUUCUACUAGGAGAUCAUCAGACGACAUCGAGGCGCUUCACGGAAUUCGAUUUAUUAACGCUUUUAUGCUGGUCAUAUCCCAUAAGUCGAUGGCAUCAUUUUUCGUGCCGUACGUGAACAGAACGAGUAUGAGCGAGAUCAUGGGAAAACCAUGGACAGUGAUCGGCCGAGCCGCCAGCCUUUACACAGAUCCUUUCGUGAUGAUGUCAGGAAUGCUCACCACACACUGCCUGCUCAAGAAGUUGAACAACAAACGCCCAGUCAACAUUUUACAAGAAUAUGUCUCACGACUGUUCCGAAUCGUACCGACAUUAGGAGCCCUAAUAUUGUUCUGCACGUUUAUUUUACCAUCCGUGAGCUCUGGACCAAAUUGGAAGCUAGUAGUCACCCACCACGCCGACAUUUGCAAAAGAUAUUGGUGGAGAAACAUGCUUUUUAUACAUAAUUAUUUCGGUUUUAAGAACAUGUGUCUUACUCACACUCACCACGUUGGACUUGAUACGCAGCUGUUUUUGGUUGCGAUCAUAGUUGUACCGCUGGUAUGGAGGUGGCCAAAGAGGGGACUGGCAAGUCUAUUUGUACUUGCUGGGUUAUCUACUGCAUUGCGAUACUACGCCACCUAUUCAAGAAAAUUGUCCAAUUUCGUUCAUUUUGGUACAUCGAUUGAGCAACUUUUUGAUACAGCUGAUCAUAUGUAUAUCUUACCAAUCCACCGAGCAACUGUAUACAUACUUGGAGUUUUACUGGCAUUCCUUCAAUGCAACUAUCAGAGCGUCAAUUUGAGCAAGUCACAAAUCAGGCUCGGCAACACACUAUCGUUACUCUGUUUGGGGGUCUCAUUUUUAGGACCUUCCUUUAUGGGUAGCAUCGAUUACGUUUAUAAUCCAACGGACGCCGCUUGGUAUGCGGCUUUUGCACCUAUCUUUUGGUGCUUGGCAUUUGCUUGGAUUAUUUUCACGGCACACACAAAGCAAACAGGAUUUAUCGGUAAAAUACUGUCGCACAAAUUUUUCCUGAUUACCACAAGACUGUCCUAUUCGAUAUAUUUAACGCAGUUCCCAAUUUUCUUUUACAACGUGGGAACUACAAGGAACGCAGAGUACUACGACUUCAUCAGCAAAACUCUAAACGUCGCCGAAUGGUUAUGGAUCAUUUUGUGUUCGAUCCUUUUGAGUUUGCUAUUCGAGCUUCCCUUCCAAAAUAUUCGAGAUAUAAUAUUGAAGAAAGGCGAACGACUUCAAAAAUAGGAGACAAUUACCGUAAUCUUCGAUUGUCAGCUUCUUUAUUUUCUAGUCUUUAAGUAUUUAAGAAUGCCAAUUGAUAAGCCAUAAUAAAAGAUUUAUUAGCUGGAA